AAAUACAAAUCACAAAAGCUGCUACCCUUUGUGAAAAGUUUUGUUCUUGUUCACCAGAAAUUGGUAAAAUAAUUUGGAAAAAUACCCAAAAAAACAAAAACAAAUGAGAAAAUAAUCAUACCAAUUUCCUCGAUUUCUCAGACCCCUGCAAACUCAAAUUUUAGUGCACCACAAAUUACAAUCACGCAUUUUGGAGGAGGAGAGAGAAAGAUAGUACACAAAGAACAAAAUACAACCCACUUCACUUCAGCUUCUACCACUACUACUCUGCAGCGGCACUCAGGUUUACACCUAGGAGAUGAGUCCUUAUGUAGUUGGAGUCCUUGUUCCUCUUGUGUUUACUCUUAUAAUACGUAAUACUAAGCGUGGGAAAAAAAGAGGGUUGCCUGUUGAUGUUGGUGGGGAACCUGGUUACGCGAUCAGGAACGGAAGGUUUACUUCCCCUGUGACAACGGCGUGGGAGGGAGUCUCAACUCUUGCUGAACUUUUCGAGAGGUCAUGUGAAACUUACAGAGACGAGCCCCUUCUUGGAACCAGAAAGGUAAUUGCAAAGGAGACUGAAGUGUCAUCAGAUGGAAAAUCCUUUGAGAAACUUCACUUGGGAGAGUAUGAGUGGCUAACCUAUGGAAAAACAUUUGAAUCAGUCUGCAAUUUUGCUUCUGGUUUGGCACAACUUGGGCAUUCGAGAAAUGAACGUGCUGCUAUAUUUGCUGAUACGCGAGAGGAAUGGUUUAUUGCAAUGCAGGCUUGUUUCAGACGCAACAUUACUGUUGUGACAAUAUAUUCUUCUCUUGGAGAGGAAGCUCUAUGUCAUUCAUUGAAUCAGACAGAGGUCACUACUGUAAUUUGUGGGCAAAAAGAAAUGAAAAAGCUCGUGGAUAUAAGUGGACAGCUCGACACUGUAAAGAGGGUUAUAUGUAUGGAUGAUGAGUUCCCGUCUAAUGUCCCUUUGGUGCCAUUGGGGGAGGAAAGCUGGAAUAUCAUUUCAUUUGCUGAUGUGGAAAAGCUUGGACGAGAAAAUCCUGCUGAUGCCGAUUUACCUUUAUCAGCUGAUAUUGCAGUGAUAAUGUAUACCAGUGGAAGUACUGGCUUGCCAAAGGGGGUGAUGAUGACACAUGGUAAUGUACUUGCCACGGUUUCUGCUGUCAUGACAAUUGUUCCUGGACUUGGCAACAAAGAUGUUUAUUUAGCAUAUCUUCCUCUAGCUCACAUCCUGGAAUUAGCAGCCGAGAAUAUAGCUGCUGCAAUUGGAGGUAGAAUAGGAUAUGGAUCCCCGCUUACAUUGACAGAUACAUCAAACAAGAUUAAGAAGGGUACAAAGGGAGAUGCCACUGUGUUGGCACCAACACUGAUGGCAGCUGUUCCAGCAAUUCUGGACCGUGUUCGAGAUGGUGUACGCAAAAAGGUUGAUGCAAAGGGUGGAUUAUCCAAAAGAUUAUUCGAAUUCGCGUACAACCGCAGUUUAUCUGCAAUGAUUGGUAGCUGGUUUGGUGCAAGGGGUCCAGAGAAGAUUCUUUGGGAUUUGCUAGUGUUUAAAAAGGUUCGAGCAGUGUUGGGAGGUCGUAUACGUUUUAUUCUAUCUGGAGGUGCACCCCUUUCUGGUGAUACUCAAAGAUUCACCAAUAUUUGUAUUGGUGCUCCUAUAGGUCAAGGUUAUGGACUUACUGAGACUUGUGCUGGUGGAACAUUUACCGAGUAUGAUGAUACUUCGGUUGGUCGUGUUGGUCCUCCCGUUCCUUGCUCAUUCAUCAAGUUAAUAGAUUGGCCCGAAGGAGGAUAUCUUGUUAGCGAUAAACCUAUGCCUCGGGGGGAAAUUGUCAUCGGUGGCCCGAAUGUCACACUCGGGUAUUUCAAAAGUGAAGACAAGACCGAGGAAGUGUACAAGGUUGAUGAAAAAGGGAUUAGGUGGUUCUAUACCGGUGACAUAGGACAGUUUCAUGCGGACGGUUGCCUUGAGAUAGUUGACCGUAAGAAGGACAUUGUUAAGCUUCAGCAUGGAGAAUAUGUUUCACUUGGGAAGGUUGAGGCAGCUCUGAUUACAAGCCCGUACGUUGAGAACAUAAUGGUGCACUGUGAUCCUUUCCAUAGUUACUGUGUGGCUCUCUUGGUAGCUUCAGAACCUGCUGUUCGAGAUUGGGCAGUCGAGAAAGGAAUUAGUUUCUCCGACUUUGCUGAUUUGUGUCAGAAAGAAGAAACUGUUAAAGAAGUGCUUGGAUCACUAGUUAAGGAAGCGAAGAAGGCUAACUUUCAAAAAUUCGAGAUCCCUGCAAAAAUCAAACUUCUUUCAGAACCAUGGACUCCAGAAUCAGGAUUAGUAACAGCUGCUCUAAAACUCAAGAGAGAAGUUGUGAAGAAGACAUUCUCAAACGAUCUCGAGAUAUUAUACUCUACAACAUAAAUACUCAAAAUUUGUGCAGAAUUUGGUUAAUGUGUAUGAUAAUAGAUGAUGAUGAGCUUUUUCUCACUGUCCAGGUACUUACACAAACCCGUCUCUGUAAUUUUUUUGUUGUGAAGAUACAUGAAACGUCGAAUUUAGUUGUGUUUUCUCGAUACGGAGUAUUUAUUCUUUCAUUUCUUGAUGUAUUAUCAAUAGGAGCAUGUUGUAUUUAGUAGUUUUUUGUUGUUCUUUUCAUGACAAUUUGACAGAAGAAGUUAACAGAAAUGCCAAGGAUUGAACUAAAACCAUUGGAUUUUGUUGUUAGAAA